AACAAUGGCCACAGGAGAUUGUUAAGUGACCAAGUUGUUCUCCUUCCUGCUUUUUUAAGUGUGGCAUGGGCAUGCUCUCUCCCCUCAACUCCAGUAAAUGCUCCCUUAUCAAAAUAUUCCAGAGCUAGCACAAAAAACGCUGAGUAUCUCUAAAUAUAAACUUAUCAUGUUGACUCUGAUUGUGUUCAACAGAAGUAUAAGCCUGACUGGACUAACUUCUUAUCGAAAGAUCUAAAGACACACAUACAACAUUCAGUCAGUAUUAUACUGACAUAUAUAAAAGGGGUAGCCUACCUCAGAUCACGGUCAAGUGUUUCUUCUUCAAAAAAGACACCCAGAGCAUCAUGCGAGCUGUUGUGCUUCUCCUCUUGGUGGCCUCGGCCUGCGCUGAGGUGUAUGACCGUUGUGAGCUGGCCAGGAUACUCAAGGCUAAUGGAAUGGAUGGCUACUGGGGAAUUAGUCUUGCCAACUGGAUGUGCCUUGCCGAAUGGGAGUCUCACUACAAUACUGAUGCCAUUCACCAUGACUCGGACGGAUCAACUGACUACGGAAUCUUCCAGAUCAACAGCCGCUGGUGGUGCAACGAUGGUCACUCAGUAACCUCAAAUGCCUGUGGAAUCAGCUGCUCAGAGCUGCUGAGCCCCAAUCUGAGUGUGGCCAUUGAGUGUGCCAAGCGUGUCGUGAGAGACCCCAAUGGCAUCAGUGCUUGGGUGGCCUGGCGUACUCACUGUCAGGGGCAGGACUUGAGCUCCUAUGUUGCUGGCUGUGGGGUCUGAUCAGCACCUUGUUAUUGGAAAAUGUUCCCAUGUUCAUUAGAGCCAAUAAAAGAUUCUGUGUGUGAACCACACUGCAUUGUUGUACUCUGUAAUGCUACACUUUGGUGAAAGAGGAAC